ACCAGCUGUAAGAACAGUCUCUGCUCUCGCUAUUGACUCAUAAGGCCUUGGCAGAAACAUUCGGGAAGGUUACAAUGCACGCGAAAUCCGACUCGGAGGUCACGAGUCUCGACCCAUUGUCGCCGCCACGGUCUCCCCGGCGGCUCCUCUACUACGUGCAGAGCCCGUCGCAACACGAUGUGGAGAAAAUGUCGUAUGGAUCAAGCCCCUUGGGUUCUCCACAUCACUACCAUUGUUCUCCCAUUCAUCACUCACGUGAAUCAUCCACUACUCGAUUCUCCGCUUCUCUCAAAAACCCUAAGAACGCUACCGCUUGGAAGAAAAUGCACGGAGAGCACGAUGACGGAGACGAAGACGACGACGAUGACGCAGGUCGGUGGGAUUCCGGCGACGUCAAGAGGUUUUAUGUGAUCUGUUUUGUUUUUUCGUUCGUUGUUCUGUUCACGGUGUUUUCCUUGAUUUUGUGGGCCGCAAGUAAGCCAUACAAACCUAAAAUCUCCAUUAAGAGUAUGGUAUUCGAGAGCUUUAAUAUACAAGCAGGGAUGGACAACUCAGGAGUCGCAACAGAUAUGAUGUCAGUGAAUUCGACGGUCAAGAUUUGGUUCCGGAACCCAGCUACCUUCUUCGGCGUCCACGUCACUUCCACCCCGCUUCAACUUUACUAUUACCAGCUUAAGCUAGCCUCUGGUUAUAUGGGGAAGUUCUACCAGUCGAGGAAGAGUCAGCGGGUGAUAACGGUGAUGGUAAAGGGGAACCAAGUGCCGCUCUACGGCGGUGUAUCGGCGGUGAACGGUGGAUUAAUAAAACAGGACCUACAGAGUGUGGAGGUGCCGUUAAACCUGACGUUUGUGGUGAGGUCGAGGGCUUACGUUCUUGGGAAGCUGGUGAAGCCCAAGUUCUACCGGAACGUCCGUUGCGCCGUCACCUUGCAAGGCAAACGACUCGGCAAGCCGCUCUCUUUGCACGAUUCUUGUGUUUAUCAAUGAACUUUUUAAACUGUUAUGAAAUGUAAUGAAACUCUUUA